AUGGCCUCCUCCUUUGUUAUCAAAACACCCUGUUCCUCUGCCAAUAUCGGCCCUGGCUUUGAUGUGAUCGGCCUGGCUUUGUCUCUCCACCUCGAAAUCCACGUCACAGUUGACUCCUCCAAGUCCUCCUCGCAGCACCCGCUAAACUGCGUCAUUACCUAUGAGGACAAAAGCACCAACACCGAAGAGAUUAGCCUCGAUCCCGAGGUCAAUCUGAUCACCCGUGUAGCCCUAUACGUACUUAGAUGCCAUGACCAAAGAGCCUUCCCCGUGGAGACCCGCGUGCAUGUUAUUAACCCCAUCCCGCUGGGUCGCGGCCUGGGCUCGUCCGGCACGGCAGUCGUGGCCGGCGUGAUGCUGGGGAAUGAAGUCGGCCGUCUUGGUUUGAGCAAAGAUCGGUUACUGGAUUACUGCCUAAUGAUUGAGCGGCACCCGGAUAAUGUUGCUGCCACCCUUUUCGGUGGUUUCGUUGGAACCUACCUGAACGAGCUGAAGCCGGAGGAUGUUGCCCGUAAAGAGAUUCCUCUGAGUGAGGUCCUCCCCGCCCCGGCUGGUGGCAUCGAUACCGGUAAACAGCCCCCAGAGCCUCCUCUUGGAAUUGGUCAUUAUCGGAAAUUCCCCUGGGCCAAGGAGAUCAAGGCCAUUGCAAUCAUCCCGGACUUUGAAGUGCCCACCGCCAAUGCACGCAAUGUCCUCCCCACCUCCUACUCCAGGGCAGACAUCGUCUUUAACCUACAACGCGCGGCUUUGCUUCCUGCAGCCUUGGGUACCUCCCCGCCUGACCCGGAUAUGAUCUAUCUCGCCAUGCAGGACAAGAUUCACCAGCCGUACCGGAAAACCCUGAUCCCAGGCUUGACAGAGAUCCUCCAAUCCAUGACCCCCAGCACACAGCCGGGUCUACUUGGAAUCUGUCUGUCGGGUGCCGGACCAACUAUCCUGGCCUUGGCCACAGAGCGGUUCGAAGAGAUUGCGGACCGGAUCAUUGCCCGCUUUGCUUCGAACGGUAUCUCGUGCCAGUGGAAGCUGCUCGAGCCCGCCCAGGAGGGCUCGACCGUGGAAUAUCUCUAA